AUGCAGUAUCCAUCACUAAUCUUCCAACCAAAUUCAGUCCCGACCAGCGUCUCCCUUUGGGAUGCUGCAAACAUAUUUGAAUAUGUGACUUCGUGGUUUACCGCGAUCUGGUUGGCCCUGGAUGAGAUCCAACAUCUGGUCUGGGAAGCCAAGAGAUUUGUAUUCCCCUACAUCAACAUAUGUGCCACCAGCGACACUUCCCCGGCCUUGCUGGAAAAUCUCAACGAGGUCGUGACAAUGCUCACCCACUGGCAGGUAGAAAUUGCGGAUGAUGAUGACCUCUUCCGGUUAUUCCACACCCACCAAUUCAACAUGGCAGGCAACCUCAUGGUCUGCUACCAGAUCGUCUCCAACUAUGCCUACAGUUGGUGGAAUGACCAGUUCAAUCCGGUCGCAUAUUUCCUGUGGCCAGAGAUGUGCAGGCAUGAUGUCAGUCCAGACCCCCUGUUGACCAAUCUCCAGGUCAUCAAAGACAAUCUCGGAGAUCUCGGUGCUCAGCUCGAGCAAUGGCUCUCCAGGAAGAUGGAAGAUGCAAAUGUUGCCUUGGAGGCAAUGACUGCCCUCGAGGGUCUGGUAGACAACCUCCAUGAUGCCAUUGCAGCAUCACAGCAGUUGUUAGAUGGGACCGGGUUGAUGCCGGAGCCGGGUGAAUAUCAAAAUGGUAUGAACCUAAUGCCUGUGAUACCCGAAGACUGGGCCUUGCAUGCCACAAACUCUGCCAGUGAAUGGGUUGAGCAACAAUUCCUUGCCCACAUAGCCGGCAGAUCCUUGGUGGACCCUCCACCCAGGAUGGAUAUCCCCACGUUGCUCUUGUGUGGUCAGCUUGCCUGGCUCAUGGCCGAGGUGUAUCGACACCCAAUCAAAUUGGACAUUAAUGUCAUCCGGUACAACAAGGCUCUUGCAAAACAAGAAUCAUUGCUUCUUGGACCUGAACCAAGUGGCACCCCGACAAGGACCCCGAAAAAUCCUAGUCAAACAACACACUCAACAGCACGUUUAACACCUAACAGCACUACUCCGCCCUAG